GGCCAGGAGGCGGGGCGCGGUGGGAGGGGCGGACGGCGCCCGCCUGGCACUGCUCAGAUCUGCUUUUCUCCGGCUCGGGGCACUGAGGCGGCGUCGGGGAGUUGUCUUCUGCAAAGGUUGCCUGGCGUUGUCCAACAUGGAGGAAGCGCCGGCCGCGGGCGUCACCUGCGAGCUGGACUAAUUCCCGCCUGGCGUUCCGGGCGGCCGUGCCCGAUCCAAGCCCAGGGACUCCGCCGCCUGCACGCCCCGCGGCGGACCCCGGCUCCGGUUGCUCCUGGCGCCGCAGCCCUCCCAACGGGGACGCAGCGCAAGGAGGGAUCGCGGCGGCCCCGUCUCCCUGAGCCAUGGGCAACGAGGCGAGCCUGGAAGGGGACGGGCUCCCGGAAGGGCUGGCGGCGGCGGGAGCCGCCGCUGGCGGAGGAGGGGCUGGCGGGGCGGGGAGCCCCUUGCACACCGUGAUCCCGGCUAGCAUGGAGGCGGAUCUGAGCCAGCUGAGCGAAGAGGAGAGGAGACAGAUCGCUGCUGUCAUGUCAAGGGCGCAGGGGCUGCCCAAGGGAAGCGUUCCCCCGGCCGCUGCGGAGCCGCCUUCCAUGCACAGGAAACAAGAGUUGGAUAGUAGUCAUCCUCCAAAGCAACCAGGAAAACUGCCGGACCCUGGGCGUCCAGCUCAGCCUGGUCUCAGUAAAAGCAGAACUACAGACACUCUGAGGUCAGAGCAGAAAUUGCCUGGAAGGAGUCCUUCCACUAUUAGCUUGAAAGAAUCAAAGUCCAGAACUGAUUUUAAGGAAGAGCACAAAUCUAGUAUGAUGCCUGGCUUCCUCUCAGAGGUUAACCCUUUAAGUGCUGUCUCCUCUGUUGUAAAUAAAUUCAGUCCUUUUGAUUUGAUAACAGACUCUGAUGCCUCCCAGGAAGAAACUACCAAGAAACAAAAAAUAGCUCAGAAGGAACAAGGAAAACCUGAAGGAAUUGUAAAGCCUCCACAACAACAGUCACCCAAGCCAAUUCCUAAGCAGCAAGGACCCGUGAGGGCCCCACUUCAACACGAUGGCUCUCUCAAAUCAGUAUCUUCUCAGCAACCAGAAAAAAUUAAAUCACAACCUCCAGGGACAGAAAAGCCAAUUCAGGGGCUUACCCAGUCUCCUCAGACAGACCAGGCCAAAUUGCCACUUCAAAGAGAUGCAGCGAGGCCUCAGACUAAACAGUCAGACACAGUAAGAGGAGAAUCAGUUAAAGCCUCAGUACAAAGUCCAUUCAAACCAACACUUCAGCAAGCAAGUCCUGCGAAACCUCCAGCCCAGCAGCCUGGACCUGAAAAACUUUCCACGCCACAGCCUGGGCCUGCAAAGCCCUCAACUCAGCAACCAGGGCCAACAAAGGCCCCAGCUCAACCGCCAGGUCCAGCAAAGCCCUCACCUACACAGCCUGCAGCAAAACUCCCAGCCCAACCACCAGCAACAACAAAGCCUGCAACUCAGCAGCCCAGGCCCAAGUCUCCAGCUCAGCCUCCUGGGCCUGCAAAGUCUCCAGCUCAGCAGGUUGGGCCCGGAAAGACUCCAGCUCAGCAGCCUGAUCCAACAAAGCCCCCUCCUCAACAGCCUGGCCCAGCAAAGGCCCCUCCUCAACAGCCUGGCCCAGCAAAGGCCGCUUCUCAACAGCCUGGCCCAGCAAAGCCCCCUCCUCAACAGCCUGGCCCAGCAAAGCCCGCUCCUCAACAGCCUGGCCCAGCAAAGCCCCCUCCUCAACAGCCUGGCCCAGCAAAGCCUGCUUCUCAACAGCCUGGCCCAGCAAAGCCCCCUCCUCAACAGCCUGGCCCAGCAAAGGCCCCUCCUCAACAGCCUGGCCCAGCAAAGCCCCCUCCUGAACAGCCUGGCCCAGUGAAGGCCCCUCCUCAACAGCCUGGCCCAGCAAAGGCCCCUCCUCAACAGCCUGGCCCAGCAAAGCCCGCUCCUCAACAGCCUGGCCCAGCAAAGCCCCCUCCUCAACAGCCUGGCCCAGCAAAGCCCCCUCCUCAACAGCCUGGCCCAGUAAAGGCCCCUCCUCAACAGCCUGGCCCAGCAAAGCCCCCUCCUCAACAGCCUGGCCCAGCAAAGCCCGCUCCUCAACAGCCUGGCCCAGCAAAGCCCACUCCUCAACAGCCUGGCCCAGCAAAGCCCACUCCUCAACAGCCUGGCCCAGCAAAGGUCUCAGAUCAGCAAGCUAUAAAACCGGUAAGCCGAACAGGAGCUGGGAAACCUCUGCAGCCACCGACUUCUCCAUCUGCAGUACAGACUCCAGUACAAGGCCUCCCUAAAACCAUCUGUCCUCUUUGCAACACCACUGAACUUCUGUUGCAUGUUCCAGAAAAGGCCAAUUUUAACACAUGCACUGAGUGUCAAACUACUGUCUGUAGCCUCUGUGGUUUUAAUCCCAAUCCUCAUUUAACCGAGAUAAAAGAGUGGCUCUGUUUAAACUGUCAAAUGCAAAGAGCUCUAGGAGGUGAUCUGGCUUCAAUUGCAUCAUCACCCCAGCCCAAACCGAAGACUGGUCCUGCUAUUCCCAAGACAGGAGUGAGCAAACCAUCCCCACAGUCACAGCAGAUUUCUCCGAAGAAGGAUACUGCACCCAAACAGGAUAUCUCAAAGGCACCUGAGUCUAAAACGCCCCCACCACCAGUGAAACAGCCAGCCCUUCAUGGUUCUCCCCUAGUCGUGGCUAAGCAAUCUCCCAUGGCAGAGUCCCCAUCCAAGCCAGCCCCUCCCAAAGAGCCUUCUGUCCCAUCUGAGCAGGCCAAGAUCCCCAUGGCUGAUGAUAAACCAAAGCAGCCCAAGACGGUAAAGCCAGCCAUAGACACUGUGUCUUCAUCGUCAACAGAAACAAAACCUGACAUUCCAACCUCCAGAGUACAGUCACAGGAUCAAGAAAAAACAACCCCUGCUCUAAAAACAGACUCUGCCAAACCCUCACAGAGUUUUCCACCAACAGGAGAGAAAGUCACCCCAUUUGAUUCUAAAGUCAUACCUCGUCCUGCAUCAGAUUCGAAAAUUAUUUCACAUCCUGGGCCUAGUUCAGAGGGCAAAGGUCAAAAACAGUUUGAUUCAGUUCAAAAGAGGGAAGAACCCAAGAAAGCACAAACCAAAAUAAGUCCUAAGCCAGAUGCAAAGCUGAUGCUAAAAGGGUCACCAACACCCCUGGACCCACGACCUACCACUGGCCAAACUGCCCCCGCAUCUCAACAGCCCCCAAAGCCUCAGGAGCAGUCGAGACGUUUCAGUCUCAAUCUGGGAAGUAUUACUGAUGCCCCUAAAUCACAGCCCACAACUCCUCAAGAAACUGUGACUGGAAAACUCUUUGGGUUUGGAGCAUCAAUCUUCAGCCAGGCAUCAAAUUUAAUCUCCACAGCAGGUCAGCCUGGAUCUCAUUUACAAAGUGGGUCAGGGGCCCCAACAAAACAAGGCCCUCCUCCUUCACAGCCACCUCCUUCUCAGGGGCCACCCAAACCCACAGAUCAGGUACCACUAGCACCUGCAAAGGUUAUGCCUGUGGAAAAGGAAACAAAAGCUCCAGUAGCUGAAAAAUUAGAUCCCAAAGCUGAACAAGUUCCAGCAGUAAAAAGAACAGAAACGGAAAAAAAGCCUCUGCCUAUUAAGGAUAGCAAACCUUCAACAGCUGAGCCUCAAAAAGCUGUCCUUCCCUCUAAACCGGAGAAAAAUCCCAAACCACAAUCAGCCUGUCCUCUCUGCAAAACUGAACUCAACCUAGGUUCUAAGGAUCCUCCUAACUUCCGCACUUGCACUGAAUGCAAGAAUCAAGUGUGUAACCUCUGUGGAUUUAACCCGACACCACACUUGACUGAGAUUCAAGAAUGGCUUUGUUUAAAUUGCCAAACCCAAAGAGCAAUAUCCGGACAGCUUGGAGACAUAGGCAAAAUGCCACCUAUGCAGUCAGGACCAAAAGCCUCUUCCAUAUCUGUCCCUAUAGAGCCGCUGUCUCAGAAAACAGCAAUGCCUGCCCAAGUAAAAGUGAAAAAGAAGGAACAAGAAGUAAAAACAGAAGCUGAAAAAAUCAUUCCAGAAAAAGUAAAAGAAACCCCUUCAAUUGAAAAAAUUCCCCCUAAGGUAACCACAGAUCAAAAACAAGAAGAGAGUAAACUAGAGAAAGACAAAAUUUCAGCCCCUCAAGAAGAAAAGCCACCCCCUGAAGACAAAAAGCCUCUCUCCAAAGAAGAAAAGCCAACCACUGAAGACAAAAAGCUACCUCCUAAAGACAAAAGGCCACCUCCUGAAGACAAAAGGCCACCUCCUGAAGACAAAAGGUUAUCCCCAGAAGCAAAAGCAUCAGCCCUAGAGGAGGAACAGAAACAUAUCUUACUUAGAAGUCAAGUACAAAUUGCUGAAGAAAAACCUGAAGGCAGAGUGGUUCCACAGGCAAUGCAAGAAAAGAAACCAACACAGACCAAGACAGAGGCUUUACCAUCUGGCACACCUCAGAGUCUGCCUAAGGAAGAUGAUGAGAUGACUCAUAAACUCAAAGAACGGCCACAGGCAGCAUACACAGCAAAGACUGACCAGGUGGAACCUGGGAAAGAAAAAACAGAAAAGGAAGAUGACAAAUCAGACACUUCAAGUUCUCAGCAACCGAAAAGCCCACAAGGUCUGAGUGACACAGGAUAUUCUUCUGAUGGAAUAUCAAGUUCACUUGGUGAAAUUCCUAGUCUUAUUCCAAGUGAUGAAAAGGAUUUGCUCAAAGGACUCAAAAAGGACUCUUUCUCACAAGAAAGCAGCCCUUCCAGCCCCUCAGAUUUGGCUAAGUUAGAAAGUACAGUCUUAUCCAUUUUGGAAGCUCAGGCAAGUACUCUUGUUGAAGAAAAAUCGGAAAAGAAAACAGAGCCCCUUGUGGUUUCUCCUGAGGAGCCUAAGGACCAACAGAAAACUCAAAGUUUUUCUGAAACACCAAUUGCAGAAGAAGAGCUCAAAGAGAGUCAAAAAGAAAAAGACACUUUUAAAAAAGAGAGCCAACAAGACAUUCCUUCCAGAAAGGACCAUGAAGAAAAGUCUGAGUUUGUUGAUGACAUAACUACAAGAAGACAGCCUUAUGAUUCAGUUGAAGACAGUAGCGAAAGUGAAAACUCACCUGUUCCACAAAGAAAACGGAGAACUAGUGUUGGUUCAUCAAGCAGUGAUGAGUACAAACAGGAAGAUAGUCAAGGAUCAGGAGAAGAAGAGGACUUUAUUCGAAAACAAAUCAUAGAAAUGAGUGCUGAUGAAGAUGCUUCUGGUUCUGAAGAUGAUGAAUUCAUUAGGAACCAGCUCAAAGAGAUUAGUAGUAGUAUUGAGAGCCAGAGGAAGGAAGAAACAAAAGGGAAAGGGAAAGUAACCCCGGGAAAACACAGGCGAUUGACUCGAAAAAGUAGUGCAAGUUUUGAUGAUGAUGCAGGGAGACGCCAUUCGUGGCAUGAUGAAGAUGAUGAGACAUUUGAUGAAAGUCCUGAACUUAAAUACAGAGAAACUAAAAGUCAGGAGAGUGAAGAACUUGUAGUUGCUGGAGGAGGAGGGCUACGUCGAUUCAAAACGAUUGAACUCAACAGCACAAUAGCAGACAAAUACUCUGCAGAGUCGUCACAGAAAAAAACAGCUUUGUAUUUUGAUGAAGAGCCAGAAUUAGAAAUGGAAAGCCUAACAGACUCUCCAGAAGAUAGGUCAAGGGGGGAAGGAUCUUCUAGUCUUCAUGCUUCCAGCUUCACUCCUGGCACAUCCCCGACAUCAGUGUCAUCACUUGAUGAGGACAGUGACAGUAGCCCAAGUCACAAAAAAGGAGAGAGCAAACAGCAACGCAAAGCUCGGCACAGAUCACAUGGCCCUCUUUUGCCUACUAUUGAAGAUUCUUCAGAGGAGGAAGAAUUGAGGGAAGAAGAAGAAUUAUUAAAGGAACAAGAAAAGCAGCGAGAAUUAGAACAGCAACAAAGAAAGACUUCUAGUAAGAAAUCAAAGAAAGACAAAGAAGAACUUCGGGCUCAGAGAAGGAGGGAAAGACCAAAGACACCACCCAGUAAUCUCUCGCCCAUUGAAGAUGCAUCUCCAACAGAAGAAUUACGUCAAGCUGCAGAAAUGGAGGAGCUCCAUCGAUCUUCUUGUUCUGAAUAUUCACCUAGCAUAGAGUCAGACCCAGAAGGCUUUGAAAUAAGCCCAGAAAAAAUAAUAGAAGUGCAAAAAGUUUAUAAAUUGCCCACAGCUGUGUCUUUAUACUCACCAACAGAUGAGCAAUCUAUUAUGCAGAAAGAAGGUAGCCAAAAGGCAUUAAAAAGUGCUGAGGAGAUGUAUGAAGAAAUGAUGCAUAAACCCCACAAAUAUAAAGCUUUUCCAGCUACAAAUGAACGAGAUGAAAUUUUUGAAAAAGAGCCUUUGUAUGGUGGAAUGUUAAUCGAGGAUUAUAUUUAUGAAUCUUUAGUAGAGGACACAUAUAAUGGUUCGGUAGAUGGCAGUCUGCUAACAAGGCAAGAAGAUCAAAAUGGAUUUAUGCAGCAGAGAGGGAGAGAGCAAAAAAUAAGACUUCCAGAACAGAUUUAUGAAGAUCCAAUGCAGAAAAUUACAGACCUCCAGAAAGAGUUUUAUGAGUUAGAAAGCUUACAUUCUGUUGUGACUCAAGAAGACAUUGUUUCAAGCUCUUAUAUCAUCCCAGAAAGCCACGAGAUAGUGGAUCUGGGUGGUAUGGUCACUUCUACCAGUGAAGAAAAAAAAUUAUUGGAUGCUGAUGCUGCCUAUGAAGAACUCAUGAAGAGGCAACAGAUGCAAUUAAUACCUGGAUGCAGUCUGACCCAGCCCCCCAUCAGAGAUGAUAUGACAGAGUCCACCAUAGACUUUGACAGGGUGCCUGAUGCAUCUUUGACAUCAAGUGUUCUCUCAGGAACAUCUCUUACAGAUUCAACCAGCAGUGCAACACUCUCUAUCCCAGAUGUUAAAAUAACUCAACAUUUUUCAACAGGAGAAAUUGAGGAUGAAUAUGUAACCGAUUAUGCAAGAGAAAUUCAAGAGAUAAUUGCCCAUGAAUCACUGAUUCUGACUUACUCUGAGCCUUCAGAAAGUGUCCCACCCUCUGACACACCCUCUCUUACAUCAUCUGUUUCUUCAGUUUGUACCACAGAUAGCUCCUCACCCAUUACUACCCUGGAUAGCAUAACCACAGUUUAUACCGAGCCUGUGGACAUAGUAACUAAAUUUGAAAAUUCUGAGGAAAUUUCUUCAUCAACAUAUUUUCCAGGCAGCAUUAUAGACUAUCCAGAAGAAAUAAGUAUAUCUUUAGAUCAGACUGCCACAACAGAUGGUAGAACUAGUGCUGAUCAUAUUGUGAUUUCCUUAUCUGAUAUGGAACCUUCUGUCCUAGAAUCUGUAGGAAUUAAACCCGAGGGGUUAAUUGCUGAAGCUAUUUCCACUGACUUAUCUCUAUCUGGAAAAGACCCAGUGAAGAAAGCCAAGAAGGAAACUGGGAAUGGAAUUAUUUUGGAAGUUUUAGAAGCUUACAAGGAUAAAAGGAAGGAGUCUGAGGGUGAACUAACAAAAAUUAGCUUAUCUGAAAUUGUGUUUGAUCAAUCACCUUCUUCUGUAAUAGCCUUUCCAAUGAAGGAACCGGUUUCAACUGCAUGCUUUAUAUCUGGAGAGGUCUUUGGUCAAGUAAAACCUGCAUCUCAUUUGCCUUCUGACAGUCCUUCUGUUUCCUCUCCUCCAACUAGAACUCAUGCAUUCUUUCGAAGUUCUUCUUUGGAUACAUCAGCACAACCUCCUCCUUCUCCUGCUCCUCCUCCUUCUCCACCUCCCCUUCCAUCUCCCCCACCUCCCCCACCUCUUCCUCCACCGACUUCACCUAAACCAACUGUUCAUCCUAAAAGAAAGUUAACAGUUACAGCUCCAGUGACUCUAACUACUACAGCAACACCUCUAGUUGAUGCUGUUACUACAGUGGAGACCACAGCUUUUCUAGGGAGUAAUGGGUUACCUGUAACAAAAAUAUGUACCACUGCACCUCCUCCUGUUCCUCCUAAGCCAUCUUCAAUUCCAUCCGGACUUGUAUUUACACAUAGACCUGAGCCAAGCAAACCUCCAAUUGCCCCUAAACCAGCAGUUCCUCAGCUUCCAGUAACUACACAAAAACCAACAGAUACGCACCCCAAACCAACAGGACUAUGUUUAACUUCAAAUAUGACAUUAAAUUUAGUGACUUCAGCAGAUUAUAAAUUACCUUCCCCGACCUCCCCACUUUCCCCUCACUCUAACAAGUCCUCACCAAGAUUUUCCAAAUCCCUUAUGGAAACUUACGUUGUUAUCACGUUGCCAUCUGAACCUGGGACUCCAACAGAUUCUUCAAGUAGUCAGGCAAUUACCAGUUGGCCCCUGAGAUCACCUCCCAAAGAUCUGAUUUCCAUUGAAUCAGUGUUUUCUGUAAUUCCUCCUGUGACAGCUGCAGAAAGGUCCACUUCUUCAGAACAGAGCCUUGACCUUUCAGGCACUUUGGAGACAUUUUCCACUAUCCCUGUCACCACAUUAUCAUCAUUUCAAGCAGCCCCAACUUCAGUUACACAGUUUAUCACAACCGAAGUUUCCAAGGCUGAGGUUUCAGCAGCCAGAAGUCUAAUGCCCAGUGUGGGUCUCAGCAGUGUCUCUGUAUCAAUUCCUCCAGAGCCUCUUGCUCUAGAUAACCUACAUUUAGAGAAGCAUCAGCAUAAAGAAACUGGAAAGUUGCAACUUGUUGGUGAUGCCAUUGAUUUGCGUACAGUAUCAAAAGUAGAAAUUAAUGUAACUGAAAAAUGUAUGGAUCUUUCUGCUUCUGCAAUGGAUAUGAAAAGGCAGACCACAAUAAAUGAAGUUUACGGGAGACAAAUUAGUGCUGUGCAACCCUCUAUUAUAAAUCUCAGUGCAACUUCGUCAGUAGUGACUCCAAUAUCUCUGGUCACCGAGACAGUGACUGUUGUCACGUGCACAGCUAGUGAAAGUUACACUGUGGGCACAGAAAGCCUAGUGGGUGUAGAACAUGCAACAGCAGCACCACUCCAGCUUACUGCAUCAAAGCAUGCUGAACCCCCAUGCAAGAUACCAAGUGGCCAGGCCUUUCCUACAGUUAGGGAGGAAGCACCAAUAAACUUAUCUUUAGGUACUUCAGCACAUGCAAUGACAUUAGCUAUUACAAAACCUGUUACUGCACCUCCUGUUGGUGUCACAAGUGGAUGGACUGAUAGCACCACAUGCCAGGGGAUCACUGAUGGGGAAGUAGUGGAUCUCAGUACAACAAAGUCUCAGAGAACUGUUGUAACAAUGGAUGAGUCUACUUCAAGUGUGGUGACCAAAAUAAUAGAAGAUGAUGAAAAACCUGUUGAUCUGACUGCAGGAAGAAGGGCCGUGUGCUGUGAUAUGGUUUAUAAGUUACCUUUUGGAAGGAGCUGCACAGCACAGCAGCCUGCAACUACACUUCCUGAGGACCGUUUUGGUUAUAGAGAUGACCACUAUCAAUAUGAUCGAUCAGGGCCUUAUGGUUAUAGAGGGAUUGGGGGAAUGAAAUCUUCCAUGUCUGACACUAAUUUAGCAGAAGCUGGACAUUUCUUUUAUAAAAGUAAGAAUGCUUUUGAUUAUUCUGGAGGAGCUGAUGCAGCAGUAGAUCUAACUUCAGGGAGAAUUGCUACAGGUGAGGUAAUGGAUUAUUCAAGCAAGACUACAGGUCCAUAUCCAGAGACACGACAAGUCAUUUCAGGAGUUGGGAUUAGUACCCCACAGUAUUCCACAGCAAGAAUGACUCCACCUCCAGGAUCCCAGUAUGGUGUGGGGAAUGUUUUGAGGUCAUCUAAUGGUGUUGUCUAUUCUUCAGUAGCAACUCCAAUUCCCUCCACAUUUGCUAUCACCACACAACCUGGCUCCAUUUUCAGCACCUCUGUGAGGGAUUUGUCUGGUGUGCACACAACUGACACAGUGACUUCAUUAUCCGCCCUGCACCAGAGCCAGCCAAUGCCUAGAUCAUAUUUCCUAACAACAGGUGCAUCUGAAAUGGACAUUACAGUAACUGGUAUUGAUAUCAGUGCCAGUUUGCAAACCAUUACUAUGGAGACUCUUGCUGCUGAGACAGUAGACUCAGUUCCCACUUUAACCACAGCAUCCGAAGUGUUUUCUGAAGUGGUGGGGGAUGACAGUAGUAUUUUAAUUGUCCCUGAAGAAGAUAAACAACAACAGCAGCUGGACUUGGAGCGUGAGCUCUUGGAACUGGAAAAAAUUAAGCAGCAGCGUUUUGCUGAGGAAUUAGAGUGGGAACGUCAGGAAAUUCAAAGGUUCCGAGAACAAGAAAAGAUCAUGGUUCAAAAAAAGCUGGAGGAGCUGCAGUCUAUGAAACAGCACCUUCUCUAUCAGCAAGAAGAAGAACGUCAAGCCCAGUUCAUGAUGAGGCAGGAAACAUUAGCUCAGCAACAGUUACAGCUUGAGCAGAUCCAACAGCUGCAGCAACAGCUUCACCAGCAGCUGGAGGAGCAAAAGAUUCGCCAGAUCUACCAGUAUAACUAUGAUCCUUCUGGAACUGCUUCUCCACAAACCACUACUGAGCAAGCAAUUUUGGAAGGUCAGUAUGCUGCCCCAGAAGGCAGUCAGUUUUGGGCAACUGAAGAUACAACCACCACAGCCUCAGCUGUUGUGGCAAUUGAAAUACCACAAAACCAAGGAUGGUACACAGUUCAGUCUGACGGUGUUACUCAGUACAUUGCCCCACCUGGCAUCCUGAGUACUGUUUCAGAAAUACCUCUAGCAGAUGUUGUUGUAAAAGACGAAAAACAACCCAAAAAGAGAAGUUCUGGAGCUAAAGUCCGUGGACAGUACGAUGAGAUGGGGGAAAAUAUGGCAGAUGAUCCUCACUGCUUUAAAAAGAUAAUGGACAGUGGUGUACAAACUGAUGAUGAAGAUGCAGCAGAUCGGAGUUAUGUGAGUAGGAGGAGGAGAACUAAAAAGAGUGUCGAUACAAGUGUCCAAACUGAUGAUGAAGAUCAGGAUGAAUGGGAUAUGCCUACUAGAUCAAGGAGAAAAGCUCGUGUAGGGAAAUAUGGUGACAGCACUACAGAGGCUGACAAGACCAAACCCCUUUCCAAAGUCUCCAGUAUAGCAGUUCAAACCGUAGCAGAGAUAUCUGUGCAAACUGAACCAGUUGGAACCAUAAGAACACCUUCAGUACGGGCACGCAUGGAUGCCAAGACAAAAGGUUCUCAAACCAUGACACCCUCUGGCACCCAGAAAAAAGUUAAGAGAACUCUUCCAAAUCCACCUCCUGAGGAGACCUCCGCAGGAACUCAGUCGACAUAUAGCACAAUGGGCACAGUCUCCAGGAGGAGGGUCUGCAGAACCAACACAAUGGCACGAGCGAAGAUUCUCCAGGAUAUAGACAGAGAGCUUGAUCUUGUGGAGAGGGAAUCUGCAAAGCUUAGAAAGAAACAAGCAGAACUUGAUGAGGAAGAAAAGGAGAUUGAUGCCAAGUUACGGUACCUGGAAAUGGGGAUUAACAGGAGGAAAGAGGCAUUACUAAAGGAGAGAGAAAAGAGAGAGCGAGCUUACCUCCAGGGAGUAGCCGAGGAUCGGGAUUACAUGUCUGACAGUGAGGUGAGCAGCAGCAGACCAACCCGAAUAGAAAGCCAGCAUGGCAUAGAGCGACCAAGAACUGCUCCCCAAACUGAAUUCAGCCAGUUUAUACCACCACAAACCCAAACAGAAUCUCAACUAGUUCCUCCUACGAGUCCUUAUACGCAAUACCAAUACUCUUCCCCUGCCCCUCCUACCCAGUCACCUACCCCAUACACCCAACAAUCCCAUUUUCAGCAACAAACUUUGUAUCAUCAGCAAGUUUCACCUUACCAGACUCAGCCAACAUUCCAAGCUGUGGCAACAAUGUCCUUCACACCUGAAGCUCAACCUCCACCAACUCCACAACCUUCUUAUCAGUUACCAUCACAGAUGAUGGUGAUACAACAAAAGCCACGGCAAACUACGUUGUAUUUGGAGCCCAAGAUAACUUCAAACUAUGAGGUGAUUCGCAACCAACCACUGAUGAUAGCUCCUGUUUCUACUGAUAAUACAUAUGCUGUUUCCCAUCUUGGUAGUAAGUACAAUAGCUUAGACUUGAGAAUAGGAUUGGAGGAAAGAAGUAGCAUGGCAAGCAGUCCAAUAUCAAGCAUAUCUGCAGAUUCUUUCUAUGCAGAUAUAGACCAUCAUACUCCACGAAAUUAUGUCUUAAUUGAUGACAUUGGAGAGAUUACCAAAGAAACAGCAGCAUUAAGCACUGCGUUUAGCUUUCAUGAAAAGGAUCUGUCAAAAACAGAUCGUCUCCUUCGAACCACUGAAACACGUAGAUCUCAAGAAGUGACAGAUUUCCUAGCACCUUUGCAGACUUCCUCCAGAUUGCAUAGUUAUGUGAAAGCAGAGGAAGACCCAAUGGAGGAUCCUUAUGAGUUAAAACUUCUGAAACAUCAGAUUAAACAGGAAUUCCGUAGAGGAGCAGAGAGCUUAGAUCACCUUACUGGUCUUUCUCAUUAUUACCAUGCCGAUACUAGCUAUAGGCAUUUUCCAAAAUCUGAAAAGUAUAGCAUUAGUAGACUCACACUUGAAAAACAAGCAGCAAAACAACUACCCGCAGCCAUCCUUUAUCAAAAGCAGUCAAAACAUAAGAAAUCACUAAUUGACCCUAAAAUGUCAAAAUUUUCACCUAUUCAAGAAAGUAGAGACCUUGAACCUGAUUAUUCGAGCUAUAUGACUUCUAGCACUUCGUCUAUUGGUGGCAUUUCUUCCAGAGCAAGGCUUCUUCAAGAUGAUAUCACUUUUGGCCUCAGAAAAAAUAUUACAGACCAACAAAAAUUUAUGGGGUCAUCUCUUGGCACUGGACUAGGCACCUUAGGAAGUACCAUCCGGUCGGCUCUGCAGGAGGAAGCGGACAAGCCCUACGGUAGUGGCAGCAGGUCUAGACCUUCCUCUGUCUAUGGGCUGGAUUUAUCAAUUAAAAGAGACUCUUCCAGCUCUUCCCUAAGACUGAAAGCUCAAGAAGCUGAAGCUCUAGAUGUUUCCUUUAGUCAUGCAUCCCCUUCUGGUAGAACUAAGCCUACCAGUUUGCCAAUUAGCCAGAGUAGAGGAAGAAUACCAAUUGUGGCCCAGAAUUCUGAGGAAGAAAGUCCACUCAGUCCUGUUGGCCAGCCAAUGGGAAUGGCCAGGGCUGCUGCUGGACCCCUGCCACCCAUAUCUGCAGACACCAGGGAUCAGUUUGGAUCAAGUCACUCAUUGCCUGAAGUUCAGCAACACAUGAGAGAAGAAUCACGGACUCGAGGCUAUGACCGUGACAUAGCAUUCAUCAUGGAUGACUUCCAACAUGCCAUGUCAGACAGUGAAGCCUAUCACCUGCGUCGUGAAGAAACAGAUUGGUUUGACAAACCCAGGGAUUCUUGUUUGGAAAAUGGACAUGGUCUGGAUCGAAAACUGCCAGAAAGAUUGGUCCACUCUAGACCGCUCAGUCAACAUCAAGAGCAAAUUAUACAGAUGAACGGGAAGACCGUGCACUACAUCUUUCCUCAUGCAAGGAUAAAAAUAACGAGAGACUCUAAGGAUCACACAGUUUCAGGUAAUGGAUUAGGAAUUAGAAUUGUGGGUGGUAAAGAAAUUCCUGGACAUAGUGGAGAAAUUGGAGCCUAUAUUGCCAAGAUUCUUCCUGGGGGAAGUGCAGAACAUACAGGGAAACUUAUGGAAGGGAUGCAAGUAUUGGAAUGGAAUGGAAUUCCUUUAACUUCUAAAACAUAUGAAGAAGUGCAGAGUAUCAUUAGUCAGCAAAGUGGGGAAGCAGAGAUAUGUGUAAGACUGGACCUCAAUAUGCUAUCAGAUUCUGAAAAUCCCCAGCACCUGGAACUUCAUGAAGCACCAAAAGCCGUGGAUAAAGCGAAAUCCCCAGGGGUUGAUCCUAAGCAGUUGGCAGCAGAGCUCCAGAAGGUUUCACUACAACAGUCACCACUCGUUCUGUCUUCCGUCGUUGAAAAAGGAUCUCACGUUCAUUCAGGUCCUACAUCAGCAGGAUCCAGUUCCGUUCCCAGCCCUGGGCAACCAGGGUCACCUUCAGUGAGCAAAAAGAAACAUGGCAGCAGCAAGCCUACUGAUGCAACAAAGGUUGUCUCUCAUCCAAUUACAGGGGAAAUUCAGCUUCAAAUCAACUAUGAUCUUGGAAAUCUCAUAAUACAUAUUCUCCAAGCAAGAAACCUUGUCCCUCGAGACAACAAUGGUUAUUCUGACCCCUUUGUUAAAGUGUACCUUCUUCCAGGGCGAGGUCAAGUCAUGGUUGUCCAGAAUGCAAGUGCUGAGUCUAAAAGAAGGACUAAAUAUGUUCAGAAAAGUCUUAAUCCUGAGUGGAAUCAAACAGUAAUUUAUAAAAGUAUCUCCAUGGAACAGCUCAAGAAGAAAACACUGGAGGUGACAGUCUGGGAUUAUGAUAGAUUUUCUUCCAAUGACUUUCUUGGUGAGGUAUUGAUUGAUUUAUCGAGCACAUCUCACCUUGAUAACACUCCUAGGUGGUAUCCUCUCAAAGAACAGACUGAAAGUAUUGAUCAUGGCAAGUCCCAUUCCAGUCCAAGCAGCCAGCAGUCCCCAAAGCCAUCUGUCAUCAAAAGCAGAAGCCAUGGCAUCUUCCCUGACCCAUCCAAGGACAUGCAGGUUCCCACCAUUGAGAAAUCCCAUAGUAGUCCUGGUAGCUCGAAAUCCUCCUCUGAAGGCCAUCUCCGCUCUCAUGGACCAUCUCGCAGUCAAAGCAAAACCAGUGUCACCCAGACCCACCUGGAAGAUGCAGGAGCUGCCAUAGCCGCUGCUGAAGCCGCCGUGCAACAACUCCGCCUUCAACCAACCACUGGCAACCAAGACCAAAGCCAGCUAGCCCUCAGGAAAGUGAUGUCUGAUGGACCAGUCAAGCCAGAAGGAGCAAAGCCUACCAAUCAGCGGCCUGCAGAAAGCUCCGUGUCCACCGGCUCCUCGGGCAGCAGCUUUGGCAGCGGGUAUAGCGUGGACAGCGAAGGAAGCAGCAGCGCUGCAGGGGAGGCUAAUCUAUUUCCUAUUCCAAGGAUAGGGAAAAUGGGGCAGAAUGGACAAGAGCCUGUGAAACAGCCAGGAGUAGGAGUGGGACUGGCAGACACUGAAGUUAAAACUCAGGUAAUGGGAGAAAUCAAGAUUGCAUUGAAGAAGGAAAUGAAGACAGAUGGUGAACAACUAAUAGUUGAAAUACUCCAAUGCAGAAAUAUCACCUACAAAUUUAAAUCUCCUGAUCACUUACCAGAUUUAUAUGUGAAAAUAUAUGUGAUGAACAUCUCUACCCAAAAAAAGAUGAUUAAGAAAAAAACAAGAGUAUGUAGACAUGAUCGAGAGCCUUCAUUCAACGAAACUUUUAGAUUCAGCCUAAGUCCUGCUGGACAUUCUCUUCAGAUUUUACUUUUCUCCAACGGAGGGAAAUUUAUGAAAAAGACCUUGAUUGGUGAAGCCUCUAUCUGGCUUGACAAAGUGGAUCUCAGAAAAAGAAUAGUCAACUGGCACAAACUUUUGGUCAGUCCUACUCAAACCCAUUGAAUAAAUGUGUCUGCUCAGGGUAUAGAAACUGCUGUAAAUAAUCUCAAAUCAAGACUAUAGUUGGAUACUAUUGUACUAAGCUCUGUUUCCAGGGGUAAACAUGAGAGGAGGAACAAAUGGCAAAAGCAUACUUAAAAGCCUCGUAAAUGUAUUAUUAUGUAACACAGGAAAAAACUCAAAUGAAAAAGUUCAUAUAUUGAAGUCAAAAAGAGGAGCUCUGAGUCCUUGGAUUUCUUGUGGCUGUCAAGAUAAACAGUGAGAAAUUUUGAUUUCUUGAUGCAAAUAUCUCAAAGCAGAGUUAGCUAUAGCUAAAGAAAGAGGUUCAGAUUAAUAUUGUUUCUAAUGCAAAGAUAAAACUUUAUGCAAAAGCAUCUUGGUUGAAAGGAAAGAACUGAUGUAACAAACCUCAAUUUUCAAAAGUCCAAAAAUCUUUCUUCUUUAUCUUAUUUUCUCAAACAGCUUACUGUUUUGAGAUUCUGACAUAGGAUACACUUACAGUAUAUGUCCAAGACUAGAAGUAUGGUGGUUGUGUUCACAAGGAAAAGGGAACCGGUGGUCUAUAAAUUAUGGCUUUUAGACCAUAUUGUACAGGUUUUCUCAGUGUCUAAAUGUUACAAGAGUGAAUAACACCAAUUUUGGAAUCCACGUUGUAAAAGCACAUUUAUAUAAUUUGAAAUAAUGUAGAGUGAAGAUAAUAGUAAGUAGAAAUGGAAUUACAUUUUAUAUAAAUAGAGCCAUAACUGGCUAACAAAGAAUGUUGCCCCACAAAAUAUUGGAACCUUGAUUGAAAACAUUGAAAUCCCUAUAACUUACUCUUAAGCCAAGAUAUUUUCAGUCUACGUACCAAAGGACCUAGAUUAAAUUGGUAUGUUCUAGGAAGCAUGACAACUUGUUCUUUGUGGAAUUGCAAAUAAAUGUAUUAUCCUGCAUAUUUCCUUUCUCUUAACUGAUGUAUUAACAGAGAGAAAAUUCUUCCUCUAGCAAACAAAUCACAUUGAGUGACAACCUUGUGACAUUGAGUAAUUAAAUUGGUGUUAUUUCCUACUCUUCCAUAAUGAUUUUUUCCCUUAACACAUUAAGUGAUUGUAUAAUGAAAACCCUGAAACCAAACUCAAGUUCUCUCUAGUGCUCCAUUUUCCUCCUCUAGUGACAAUAUCAGUGAUUGAGUUUAUCAGUGUUGGGAAAAUAUGUGAAAAGUCAACAUUUCAGGUUAAAAUAUAAUUUAAGCUAUUUUAAUAAUAUAGAAUAAAAGGACCGAUGUCUAAGUGAUUAGAAUGAAGUAUCCUCUUCUCUAUCAACAGACAACAUUAACAAAGGCAGUAACAUGGAGUUGUAGGAAACGCACUCAGCUGGGAUUAAAAGCCUGGCUUCUGUUCUUGGUUCUGCCACUGACUGAUUGUAUCACCUUGCACAUGUCACUUAAACUCACUUUUCCCCAGUUUUAUUAUUUGUGGGAUAAAAAUAAUUAUAUAUUCCUAGCCUUCCUAAUGGGAUGUUGGGAUGAUCAUACUAUGUAAUCUAUAAGAGAAGAUGAAAGCACAUUUCCAAAUAUAGUUUUAUACACAUAUGUGAGGAAUAAUUAUUCUGCAGCUUUUUAAUUCUCACAUUUUAUAUGUGAAAACGCAUCUUCCAAAACAAUGGCAAGCAUUGACAUGGAUAAAAGCAGCAUAUUAGCUCCAAAACUAAUUUUUUUCUUUAAAAUAUAAACUUUUAUUUAACUUGAAAAAAAGGUAAAGAAAUAAAUGAAAAUGAUUUUCAAAUUGGUUUAUUAUAAAUUAAAAGAAUUAUACUGAUCUUAUACUAUUCCCAUAUCCUACUACAAAAUAAAUUAAUUAAAUUGCUUCUCAGAAUAUUCUCAGUUUAAAAGCUGCUUCUUUUUUCAAAGUUUUAGUAGGUUUAGAGAAUCAUCUCCAAAUAUAUUGGUUGGAUAUUGAAUGUUCUCAUUUUUAAAGAAAAACAGACUUUAAAUUUGAGAGGAAUGGAUUAAACGUAAAACAUUAAAAAUAAAAACAUUUCUAAUAAAUCCUAGGGUGCAUAUCUAUUAUAUUCAUAAAGAAAUACAAAUUUAUUCUUCCUCAAGCUAAGAAAGAUAACAGUCACUUUUCUUCCCUCUAUUUUGUAUCCCCCCUCCCUUGAUAAUGCAAUGUCAUUUACCAUUGAUAUUGCUUUAAAACGAACAUGUGGGGAAGAGAUCACUAAAGAUUUGAUAUUGCUAAGAUUUUAUAUUUAGAGACAAGUAGAUCUGCUGAUGGUUGCCAUGAAUAUUUCCAGCAGAAGUUAGCACUUUAGGAAGCUUAUAGAAAUCACUCAUAAUUGGGGAGGAAAGGAUUCAGGAAGAUCUGACAUAAAAAGGCUCUGCUAUUUGCCCUUAAAAGGAAACUCUGGCUGACCUUAGGUCCUCUUCUGCAGCUGCUUACAUGCAUGAGAGGAUGUAUGGCCAGUUAGUUUACUUCAUUCCAGUUGCAAUUUCUUUUAGAAUAAAACAAAUGGAGGUGCCACCAAAACAAAGAUCAUCCCUUGGUAGCUGUUUGAUCUGAAAGAGUAGAGUCUUUCCAUUAUACGUGCCCCUCUGUUCCACAGAACUAGUAAUGGGGCCAGGUCAAUCAAGAGAGUUAACCACAGGGCUUCUUUUUGUGCACCAGCAUCCCCCUUCAGAGAGCAUAAGAUCCUGCCAAAGUGUGCCAAGUUUGCAGCUGACCAAACUCCUAGGUUGUACUGGAAUUAUUCUAUGCAACACUGAUCCUUAAACAAAUGCAUUUCUUCUGAAUGAUGUUGAUUACCCUUCUUACAACAAAACGAUUUCUUUUUUAAUUGCAAAUAGGGCUCUUGGUAUUUUUUACUUUUUUUAUAUAUCACAGCACAUGAUUUUCCACUUUUUAUUUUAUUUUAUUGGAACCAGCUUUUUUUUAUCCUGCUAGUGACAAAGUUUGUAAUCUCUAAAUAACAUAUGAUUAGUCCAAAUACAGUACUUAAACCUUAAAAAGCAUCUUAACUUUUCCCACAAUUUCAUUGAGUCAUCAGAGACUGAAGUUGCUUGUUGGUUUAAAAUUUGGUCCUAAAGAAACUUUUAGCUGUAGAAGCAAAAGCACAAAGUGAAUUUUUACAAAAGACAGGGAUUUAUAGAUCGGUUGUUAUAGACAGAGAGAACACUAAUAGCAAGAAGUUGGUGUUUCCCUGUUUUUACCUAAGAUUAUGGAGGUUUUGGUAACUCUGAACUCAUUAUUUACCAUUUCAGUUUAAAAGAACAGUAUCCAAGACUAAGGGGCAGUGAUUGUCUUUGCUCCUUACUAUUACCCAUAUUGUAAUUAAUCACACUAAGAAAUGCAUAUUUUCAGCAUAUCAGUGGACUUAAUUUUGUGGAUCACACACAUUAAAAUAGUCAUAUUGUGGGAAUAUUAUAGCUGGUAACCAGCUGAUAUUGAUUCUUAUUAUAGGAAUGGUUGUGAUGAUAGUGGUGAUAGCAGUAGCGACACUAGGUUGGUGGUGAUGUGAAGUAAAAUUAUAUACUAUAUUGUGCCCAAUUUAUUAGAAAUUAUUCAAUCAAUGUUUCAUUUCAUUAAGAUAUCAUAAAGAUGUUUAUAGUAUUUUUUUACUUUAUUAUUUAAAUCAUAACUAACAAUAUUUUUAAAAGGUUAUUUUCAUUGCUACAAUGUCUAAGAUUCCAAAAGCAGCCAACUACAGCUAUAUAUGUGUUUAUAACUCUAUGUGUGACAGAGUGACUUUCCCUCUUUUCAAGCCUGAGAUGGAAGUGAAAGAAAGUUCAAUGAAUAAUUAUGAGCUGUCUCUUUAAUAAUUACUUGCCUUUGAUGUAAUAUAAGAAUGAAUGAGCAAACAGAUAUUCUCAUUGAAUAUGACACAUUGAUGUUUUGUGUAUGGUCCAUGUUGUUAUUAUUAAAGAUACCCAUUAAAUCAAAAUCACUUAACCAAAUGAUUCCUUAUCUGACAGGUAGGUUGAGAGCAUUUUCUUAAUUCGUUACCGUGUACAUAACUAUACCUUUGGUAAAAUAGACAAAGUUGAAAUAUUAAUUUCAUCUGGCAUUCAGCAUGUGAAUAUGAUUAUCGUUUGAUUGUGUCUGUAUAGUUGUUGGUGAUGUGCUCAGGUGCUCCUACUACUGAUUAACGUAUGUUCUGAUAUCCGAACAAAAACACAACUGAUGUUAAAGGAAAAAAAUUCUUGUCUGAAAAAUAAUAACCUAAUAAAAUUGAUUUCAAAAUAAAAAAAUAAAGUCUUGGAUAUGUCUUGUUUCUAGCUAUAUGUUGCAUGCCGUGUUGGUGAUUUCCUGUGUUCUUUUUUUCUGUUCUACACAAAUCUCUCUGGAAAAUCUAAUGAACAAAUACAAAUUCUUGGACAAAAAGGUUGUAUAAAUUGAACUCAAAUACAUGAGAAUUGUAUUAAAAAAUGCUUGUAAAUCUGUCUUGAGUUUUACUCUGUGUAAAAAUAUGUCUUGGUUUUGUGAUUGUAUACAAGAUGUAUCUUGAUAACUUAUGCAAAUUGUGCUCUAUAAAGGCUGUUGCCUCAGCCUUACUAAUAAAUAUUGAAAAUAUCAA